AUGGCGAUCGUGAGAGCUGAUGUUGCCCAAGAUUUUCCCCACAACAUAGGGAUGAGAAACUGGAGCUUAAACCCAGAAGCCCCUGAGUUUUUCCCUGCAAGGAAACGUCUGCUUUCAGCUUCUUCUCCCGUGUUUUCACCCUCAACUCCAAUAUUUCUUCGUUAUUAUACCCAUCCUUUAUUGUCAGCUUCCACGUUCUCUCACCUUUCAUACACCUAUCCUCAUCCACAUGCACUUCAGCCCCAUUUCUUCAUCCCUGAGAAGGCGGCUUCUGCAUCUGUGCCCAUGACUGAAACAGUCACUCCCUUGCUGGAACCAUUCAAGACUACCAUGGUGGUCGACGAAGCGCCGGAGCCUAGAACCGCGGCUCGAAAGGAAAACUUGGGAGGUACCAGGCCAAGCGUUAGAGAUAAACCUUACUGGAAGAGCGAUAAAAGAUAUGGGAAAAAAGGGUUUGUAAUUGUUGAUCGUAAUAGUAGCCAAGCUCGCAAGAAACAAUGUAGGGGGAAGCCUAGCAGUUACAGUUCUCAAGACAAGAAGCAUUUUGCUAAAACUUACCCAAAGACGGCUCGAGGUCGGGCUGGUAAUAAGUAUAACAAGCGAGAGAAACAUCCACCCAUUCCUCUAAAGCCUGACGGAUUGGAAACGACGGUCAUGAUAAAGAACAUACCCAACAGAUACACUACCAAAUCAAACAAGGGCUAUGCAUUCGUAAACUUCACGAACCCAAAAGCAGCCAGGAAGUUUUCCCGUGCUUGGCAUAAUAAACAUUGGCCUUGUAUCAACUCAAACAAGAUUCGUGAGAUACAUUGCGCCAAACUUCAGGGCAGAGAGGAGCUAGUGAAGCACUUUGAGAAUAUGGAAUUUCCUAGUGAAAACUUUCAACCACUGAGUUUCAAUCCAGCUCGUGAUGGUUCUAAGCAAGCGGUGAAAGAAACUAUAGUCGGAAGAUGCAUAGGUUCCAAGUAA